AUGGGAACAUUGCAUACUAAGCCAUCUCGAAAUAUAUCUAAUCCUCAACGAAUAAAACCUACUGUUGAUUCAUCAUCUUAUGUCUUAGGUAAAAAUAGACCAAUUCUUGCUGAGAAAAAUUUCAAGCAACUAAAUAAUAAUUAUUUUGAUUAUAAUCAAUUAAAUUUUAUUCCUGAUUCUAAACGAUUAUGGGAUUCACCAUUAACAGUACGUUUACCAAAAACAACAUCAGUAUUACAAAAAUCUUCUACAAUAUCUGAUCUACCUGUAUCAUCACAACAACAAUUAGAAUAUUUAGAUAAUUCAUCUAAUAUGUUAAAUCAACGAAAAUAUAAAUGUGAUCAAUGUGGAAUAGUAUUUUCAUCAGAUGAAGGUUUAUUUAAACAUAAAACAAGAUUUUGUAUUGGUGUUAAAGAUUCUGGUAUUGGACGAAAACCUAUUUAUUCAGAUGAUGAAGAUAUUGAUGAGACUAGUAGUUAUGAAGAUUAUAAUUAUACUAAAAAACCAACUGUGAAAAAAGUUAUUCAACAUCAAACACCUACGAAAAAAAAAACACAAGAAAUUAAUGAAUGGAAAUUACAACGUUCAAUGCUUGAAAGUGUCGGAGAUAUUGAAGAUCAAAUAUUAAUUAACACACAAAAAUCACAAAAAUUUCUGGGUUAUUUAAAGAAACAAGAUGAUAUUUAUAAUGAAGUUCUUGUUGAAUACGAACGAUUACAAAAGCAAGAACAAGAUGUUUUACGUCGAAUGUAUAAUCUACAAAUCGAAUCUACACCAGUAAACGAUUUUAAUAAUACAUUUAAACAAACGAUUCAAUUAACUGAUAGUCAAAACGAUCGAUUUGAAGAAUUACAACGAAGAAAUAAUCGUCUUGAACAAGAACGUCGAAUUAUUCAACAAAAACUUGAAGAAUUAAUAUCAACUAAUUAUCAACCAACAAGAAUGUCAAAUUAUGAUCCAUAUAGAGUUUUACGUGAAAUGAAAGAACAACAAGAACUUAAUGAGAAAGCUUUAGAUUUUCUACGAGGACGUCUUAUCUAUACAAAUGGCAAUAUAUCACCUUUACCAUAUGCUACUAGUCGAAUACGACGAGCAGUUGGUGAUAAUGUGAGAAAUUCUCGAAAUGACUAUUUACAAGCCGGUGGCCAUGAUGCAAGUGUUAUUACACGAUAUAGUGAUCUUGAAUAUACAUUAGGUGCCUAUGAAGAGUAUCCAUGGACAAUAGAUUAUCCGGAACCAUUACGACAAUCUCAAUAUCAACCUGAAAGUCAUAUUGAUCCAAUAAAUGAAGGAUUAAAAUUAGUUCAUGAUCAAAAUGAACGUUUACAAAAUGAACUUCAUGACAUGAGUAAAAAAUUUGAUACACUUAGUGCACGUACAAAACAAUUAGAAUUAUCAAUGUCAACAAAUGAUAUACCAAGUUCAAUUGAUAAUUAUGAACGUUAUUUAUCAUCAAAAACUACUUCAUAUCGACAACCUGCUCGUGAAACUAAUAAUGAUCAAAUUGAUGAACAAAAAUCAUUAAAUACAUUUGGCAAACGUAUUACACCUCGUGCAAGUCCAGCUUUAAGUAUUGCAACUUCAAAUAUAAGUAAAUUACGUAAUCCACUUGCACCUCAAUCAUAUGAUCCAGUUGGUGGUUUUGUUAUAUUUUUUGAUUUUAUUACGAAUCUUCCUUUAACAAUUCAAAAAUGUCGUCUUAUAACAUCUAUUCAUCAUCCAAAAUCUGGAGUUGGUGAACCAUCAGAAUUAGAACCAAUAAAAUGUGAACAAUAUAUUGAUGAAAGAACUAAUGAACGUAUGAAUAUUGCUUUCAUUGCUACUAAACAACCUGUACCAGGAUGUCCACCACAACAAGCAUUAACUGUUGUUAUUGAAAUACAAACAUCAACAAAGAAACAAGCAUCAAUUGAAGAAUUACAAACAACUGCUUGGACAAAAUUAGCAUUAUUCGAUAAUAAAAAUCGUUUAUUUAGUGGUCGAUGGAAAGUACCUUUAAAAGCAGUACCAAUUCUUCCAGAUGAAAGUCUUGCUAUUACCAGUAGAGCUCCAACAUAUGGACAUGCUGAAUUAUAUUAUAGAUUAAUUAAUUCAAAAGAUGUAGAUGAUCAAUCUGAUGCACCAUUAUCACUUAAAUAUCGAAAUCAUUAUGCUUAUCCUUUACAAUAUCGAAAUUGA